AUGAAGUUGUUUGUGUGUGUACAUCCUCCAGGUAAACCUGCGUACCUUCACAUCGGAGAGGAGGUGGACGGUGUGGACAUGCGGGCAGAGGUCGGACUGCUGACUCGCAACAUUUUGAUCAGAGGUGAGAUGGAGCCGACCUGUUACGGCAAUGAAGCCUGCAAGUUCUUCUCCUUCGACACGUUUGGUGGCCAUCUUAAGGCAGAGCGAGGUUUCUGCUCGGUGCAUGUGGAAGGGGUGGAGUUUAAGCACAUGGGGCAGCAGUCUAUGGGUCACUACCCAGUCCACUUCCAUAUGAACGGGGAUGUGGAUGAGAAGGGAGGCUACGACCCGCCAACUUAUGUGAAAGACCUGUCCAUUCAUCACACCUUCUCCCGAUGCGUCACAGUCCACGGCACCAACGGCCUGCUGGUGAAGGAUGUUGUCGGCUAUGAUGCUUUAGGACACUGUUUCUUCACUGAGGAUGGACCGGAGGAGAGGAACACGUUUGACCAUUGUCUGGGUCUGCUGGUGAAGGCGAGCACACUGCUGCCCUCCGACCGAGACAGCAAGAUGUGCCGGGACAUAACCAACGGAGCUUAUCCUGGAUACGUGGCCAAACCGCGCCAGGACUGCAGCGCCACCUCCACCUUCUGGAUGGCUAACCCCAAUAACAAUCUCAUCAACUGUGCUGCGGCCGGAUCCGAGGAAACAGGAUUCUGGUUCAUUUUCCACCACGUCCCCACCGGUCCAUCAGAGGGCAUGUAUUCCCCCGGCAAGUCCGAACAUACACCCAUGGGGCUGUUCAUUAAUAACAGAGCUCAUUCCAAUUACAGGGCGGGGAUGAUCCUCGAUCAUGGAGUAAAGACGACUGAGGCUAAUGCGAAGGACAAGAGACCCUACCUCUCCCUCAUAGGAGCGAGGUACGGCCCACACCAGGAUGCAGACCCCUUCAAACCACGAGUCCCUGCUCUAGUUCACCAUUUUGUGGCCUACAAGAACCAGGACCAUGGUGCAUGGCUGAGAGGAGGAGAUGUUUGGCUGGACGAUUGCCAGUUCGCUGAUAAUGGAAUCGGCCUGACUCUCGCCAGUGGAGGAACCUUCCCGGAUGACGACGGCUCACGUCAGGAGGUGAAGAACUCUCUGUUUGUGGGAGAGAGCGGGAACAGAGGGAUGCCCGACUUGAAUGAUCAAUCCUGGGGUCCGGGCGGCCCCGAUCAUCUCGGCAGGUCUCUGCCCAGAGGAGUGGACUUCCCCAUUCGUGGAAUGCAAAUCUACGACGGGCCGAUCAACAUCCAGAACUGCACUUUCCGCAAAUUCAUCGCUCUCGACGGGCGACACACCAGCGCUUUUGGCUUCCGCCUGAACAACUCGUGGCAGAGCUGCCCGAACAACAACGUCACCGACAUCACCUUCGAUGACGUGCCGAUUACUUCACGCGUGUUCUUUGGUGCACCGGGCCCCUGGUUCAACAAGAUGGAGAUGGAUGGCGACAAGACAACCAUUUUCCACGACAUCGACGGCUCGGUGAGCGAAUACCCGGGCGCUUUCCUAGUCAAAGAGGACAACUGGCUCCUGAGACACCCCGACUGCAUUGACAUCCCCGACUGGAGAGCUGCCAUCUGCAGCGGGCACUACGCCCAGAUUUACGUCCAGACCCGAAACCCAGCCAGCCUGAACAUGAAGAUGGUGAAGGAUGAGUAUCCAGACAAGCCUCUGGAGCUGGUUGGUGCUCUGGGAAAGAGGAACCACUACCAGCAAUUCCAGCCUGUGGUCAUGCUGGGUAAAGGAUACACCAUGCACUGGGACCAAGCGGCUCCUGCCGAGGUCACCAUCUGGCUCAUCAACUUCAACAGAAAGGACUGGAUAAACAUGGGCAUCUGCUACCCUAAAGGCACUGAAUUCACCAUAAUCUCCGACAUCCACAACCGCCUCACCAAAGAGACGAGGAAGACCGCGGUGUUCAUGAGGACCACUCAGAGAGAAAAGAUGGGCCACUCUCACCAGACGAGAGGAUAUUACUACUGGGAGGAGGACACUGGGCUGCUCUUCCUUCAAAUCAAAGCGCACAAUGAGAAGGAAGACUUAGCGUUCUGCUCGGUGAAGGGCUGUGAAAGAGUGAAGAUCAAAGCGCUGAUUCCCCCCGGCAGCGGCCCCAGUGACUGCAUGGCUGAAGCCUACCCCAGAUACACCGAGAUGCCCGUCGUAGAUGUGCCUAUGCCCAAAAAACUGCCUCGCUCCAAACUGCCUCACACACCGGAGCACUUCCUUGAAGUCAAACUGGAGUCAUAUAACACACGCUUCUUCCACAUCAAAGAGGACUUCGCCUAUACUGAGGUGUAUGGAAAGAAGAUCUACCAAUCAGAGGAUGGCAUUCAUCUGACUGUAAUCGACGGCCACAGCGGUAAAAUCCUGGAGUCGAAAGGCUUCAGGAACUCAAUCCUGAUGGGAAUUCCAGCUCAGCUAGAGAACUACAUUACCAACCUCAAAGACGAGUCAGUGGUUUUGAUCACCUCUAAAGGGAAACUGAUCACCAGAGGGCCAUGGACUAAAAUUCUCGAUACCCUCGGAGCAGACCAGACGGUGAAGUUGAAAGACAAACUCGCCUUUGUGGGCUUCAAAGGCUCCUUCCGGCCGGACUGGGUGAGGAUGAGUGUUGAUGAAGAGCGGGCCAAACUCCACCAAGUGCUGCCCAUCCCUGUGAUUAAGAUGAUGAAGCUAUGAAGACGAGCGACACACGCCGCAGGACAUCUCAAUCUUGCAGUAGCAGCACUACUGGACGAGCCCAGCUACAGCCGCACGCCAGGACCAAUCACAGCCCAGCAUGUGUUUAUGUUACCUAGCAACCCCUCCCAGCGGAUUCCAUUGUAUGUGACAACGUGGACGUUGUGAUUUUUGGAUCGUGUCGUCAGUUGAUUAUACUUGUUUCGACGGGAGAAAAACAAGAAAAAAAAACUAAUAACGAUCGCGACAUUCCUUGUUUUUGUCCCUCUCGGUGAUGUUUGCCUUCGUGUUUCAACAUGUUUUUUCUAAAUAUGUACAAAAACAGGUUUCAGAUUGUAAAUGUCAUGAGGUUUUCCCAUUUUAAUUGUCACGCACAAGAGUUGGUUUCGUUUGUGUUGAACGAGAGAGCCAGCAAAAAAAAACAACAACAAUCCGGCCUUAAAGGAACCGGUCACUCAAAAAUGAAAAUUUCACUCAUUUAUUUACACAUCAUGUCAUUCGAUGUAACAACAAACAAAAUUUUCCAAGCAUAACUUCUGAAAGCACCAUACAAGUUCAAGACGCGUGAAAAAAUAUGGACACAAUUCUCAUUUUCCGGUGAACCGUUCCUUUAAAUUUGAAUAGUCAAGAAUGGAUUUGAAUCUGAGCAUUAGUAGAUGUCAGUCUAUCAUAAAAUGAUCAAAUCUGUGAUGAAUUGGCUUUUCUUCCAUUUGGCAAGAAGUACGACAUUGUCCCUUUGCCGAAAUAGCUGGUCUUUUUUCGGAGAUUGUAAUUUGUUAGUGUUUUUGUAUGUUUUGUGUGUUU